CUCUCAGGCUCCUCCCCCCCCGCUGAUCCGCUCUGUCAGAAGAACAGGAAGACUCCUCCGCAGCUAGACACGGUCGCUUCCCCCUGUCACCCAGGGGUUCAAAACAAAAGUUAACUAAACUUAUAGCAGUCAUGGAAACUAAUUUAGGAGACGCAGUCGGGCUAAAUCAACCUUAAUACCAACUACGCCGCCCGUGUUGUAGCCGCCGAAACAACUCGUGGAAGUGGAGAGAGCGGAGAGUUUCUUUUUUUCCUCCUCCCCUCCCCUUUCCUUUACCUAGCCUAGCUAAUGCUAACAGCUAGCUCAGAGAGUGCCGCACAUUAACACACAUGGUUUAAAGGCGUCGGGUUUGUGUUCCACGUGGAUGACGUCACUGCGGGAUUAGAAUCCUCGUCUGUGUUCCAUGCGCGCAACAGUUCUUUGUUUUUUUUUGUUGCGCUUUACGUUCCGAGUUGUCGGGGUCGCGCUUUGAAUUUCCCUCCUCUUCAGGGACACGGGACGGGUUAGCCCGGGCUGGCUCUCCACCAACUCAUUAGCAACGCUGUGCUAAUUUUGGGCUAAGUUAGCUAAGGGUACUAGCUUAGGCCCAAGGGAAUUAAAAGAGUGAGGUCUUUGUGGAAAAAGUUUUUUUAAAAAACCCCACAACAUUCGUGGGAGGAAGCGUUUGAGUGCGUGGAGGUUACAGCCGCGCGGGUUUAUUCUAACAACUCAUUCAAAGGAAGAGGAUUAAGUUGUAAAUAUGGAUCCAAACACGGGGAACUCUGCCUCAGCUGCUGGAGCUGCUGGUCCCAAGAAGGACAAGAAAUCAAAGAAGAGCUAUGAGGAUGGAGAUGGGAAAAAGAAAUUUAAACUCAAACGCCUGAUUCCUGAUGAGUUGGAACGUUUUACCAGCAUGAGGAUGAAAAAGGACAAGGAGAAGCCCAGCCAGCCGAGUCAGCGCCACUCUUCGGCAGCCAUCUAUGAGAUCAGCGGUCAGACCGCUAUGCUGCAUGAUCAUUCCGAUGAAUACGUGCUGGAACUCUUUGAACAGAUGCUGGUGGAUAUGAACCUGAAUGGGGAGAAGCAGCAGCCUCUCAGGCAAAAGGACAUUAUGAUCAAACGAGAGAUGGUCUCCCAGUACCUCCACACGUCUAAAGCUGGUCAAAGCCAGAAGGAGAGCUCCAAAUCAGCCCUGAUGUACAUCCAGGAGUUAAAGUCAGACUACCGAGACUCACAGCUGCUGAGCUGUCUGGAAUCUCUGAGAGUCUCACUCAAUAACAACCCUGUCAGUUGGGUGCAGAACUUUGGAGACGAGGGGCUCGUCUUGCUGCUGAAUCUGCUCAAAAGGUUACAGGAGGACAAAGACGAGUACCCGAUGGGAGUGAAAUGUCAACAUGAGAUCAUUCGCUGUCUAAAAGCCUUCAUGAACAACAAGUACGGUCUUAAAUCCAUGCUCGAGUCAGUGGAUGGAAUUCCUCUGCUGGUCAAAGCCAUCAACCCUCGGGUGCCUCUUAUGAUGGUGGAUGCUGUCAAGCUGCUUUCUGCCAUCUCAAUAUUGGAACAUCCUGAGGACCUUAAUGAUCGUGUUUUGGAGGCUAUUACUGAGGAGGCUGAGAGACUGGACAUUGAGAGGUUCCAGCCGCUCCUUGCUGGCAUGAAAAUUCACAACAUUGCUCUUAAGGGUGGCUGCAUGCAGCUAAUCAAUGCCUUGAUAAGCCGGGGAGAAGAGUUGGACUUCAGGAUCCAUAUUCGCUCUGAACUGCAAAGAUUAGGACUCAAAGACCUGCUGACGGAGGUGCGGAUGAUAGAAAACGAUGAGCUGAGGGUGCAACUCACAGUGUUUGAUGAGCAGGCUGAAGAUGACUCUGAGGACCUCAAAGCACGUCUUGAUGACAUCCGCAUUGAGAUGGAUGAUGUGAGGGAAGUGUUUGAUAUCCUAGUCAACACUGUGAAGGACUCCAAAGGCGAAACCCACUUCCUGUCCCUGAUGCAGCACCUGCUGCUUAUCCGGAAUGACUACUUGGCCAGGCCUCAGUACUACAAGUUGAUAGACGAGUGUGUUGCUCAGAUCGUGCUUCACAAGAAUGGAGCGGACCCUGACUUCAAGUGCCGUAACCUCAGUCUCAACAUUGAAGGCUUGAUUGACAACAUGGUGGACCAGACCAAGGUAGAAACCAGCAGGGCCAAGGCUGCUGAGCUGGAAAAGAAGCUGGAUGCCGAGUUGACAGCACGCCACGAGUUGCAGGUGGAGCUGAAGAAACUGGAGGGCGACUAUGAGCAGAAGCUGCAGGACUUGAGCCAAGAGAAGGAACAGCUGUCCACUUCUAAGCUGGAUCAAGAAAAGGAGAACCAGGGACUACAACAAGAGCUCACCACUCUGCAACAGCAGAUCGAGAAGCUGUCUAAAGAUCUGGAAGAGGCCAAGACCAAAGUCAUCACAGUGACUGUUCCUGUGCCUCCACCUGCCCCACCUCUCCCUGGCCAAAAUGCGGGAAUACCCCCUCCACCUCCUCUCCCACCUACCCCAGGCCAUGCAUGCAUUUUUAGUCCUCCACCUCCUCCUCCUUUACCGGGUCAAGCCGGUAUUCCUCCUCCGCCUCCCCCACCUCCUUUACCAGGCAUGCCGGGACCUCCACCACCCCCGCCCCUCCCUGGCAUGUCAGGACCGCCACCCCCACCACCCUUACCUGGGAUGGGACCUCCACCGCCACCACCAAUGCCUGGGUUUCCCGGUUGCCCUCCGCCACCACCGGGCCCAGGCGUGCCUCCACCUCCAGGAUUUGGCAUGGGGGGCUGGGGUCCCCCUGCACCACCCUCACUGCCUUAUGGGCUCCAGCCUAAGAAGGACUACAAGCCUGAAGUCCAGCUGAAGAGAGCCAACUGGAGCAAGAUCGGACCCGAGGAGCUCUGUGAGAAAAGUUUCUGGACGCUGGCAAAAGAGGAGAAAUUUGAAAACAAUGAGCUCUUUGCCAAACUCACCUUGGCCUUCUCCUCACAGACAAAGACCACUAAAGGUAAGAAUAUCACGCAUCCACAUCCAUUAACCAAAAAGGAGCAGGAUGGAGGAGACGAAAAGAAGCAGCUGCAGAAGAAGAAGGUUAAGGAGCUGAAGAUUCUUGACUCCAAGUGCUCGCAGAACCUUUCCAUUUUCCUGGGUUCAUUCCGUGUCCCCUAUGAGGAGAUCAAGAACGCCGUCCUGGAGGUUAAUGAGAAGGUCCUCACAGAGUCCAUGGUUCAGAGUCUGAUCAAACUACUGCCAGUGGCCGAGCAGCUGAGCGUCCUGGCAGAGAUGAAGGAUGAAUAUGAUGACUUGGCUGAGUCCGAGCAGUUUGGAGUAGUGAUGUCCGGUGUGAAGAAGCUGAUGCCACGGCUUCAGGCCAUCCUGUUCAGGGUGCAGUUUGAGGAGCAGCUGAACAACAUCAAGCCAGAUGUGGUGUCUGUGACAGCAGCCUGCGAGGAGCUCAGAAAAAGCGAGACCUUCGCCAAGCUACUAGAGAUCAUCCUCCUUGUCGGGAACUAUAUGAAUUCUGGCUCCCGCAAUGGAAAGGCGUUCGGCUUCUCCAUAUCAUACCUGUGCAAGCUGCGUGACACCAAAACAGCUGAUCUGAAGCAGACGCUGCUCCAUUUCUUAGCUGAUGUGUGCCAGGAGCAGUAUCCUGAGGUCAUGGGCUUUGUAGACGAGCUCAUCCACGUGGAAAAGGCCAGCAGAGUUCCUGCAGAGAUACUUCAGAAGAAUCUUGAGCUGAUGGGGCGUCAGAUCAAGAACUUGGAAAAAGAUCUGGAAACCUUCCCUCCUCCACAAAAUGACAAGGACCAGUUUGUGGAGAAGAUGUCUAGUUUUGUGGUUACCGCCCAUGAGCAGUUUGAGAAGCUGGAUAUGCUGCAUAAGAAUAUGGAUAAGCAAUAUAACGACCUGGGAGAGUACUUUGUCUUUGACCCGAGAAAGAUCUCCGUAGAGGAAUUCUUUGGAGACCUCAACACCUUUAAGAACAUGUUCCAGACAGCAGUGAAGGAGAAUCAGAAAAGGAAGGAGGCUGAAGAGAAGAUCAAGAGGGCCAAGCUGGCCAGGGAAAAGGCAGAGAAGGAGAAGGAGGAGAAACUCAAGAAGAACCAGCUGCUUGACAUCAACACAGAGGGCGAUGAAACUGGCAUCAUGGAUGGUCUGCUGGAGGCGCUGCAGUCCGGUGCUGCUUUCAGGAGAAAGAGAGGACCACGGCAAGCAGCCAACCACCGACGAGCUGGUCAUGCAGUGACCAGCAUCCUGGCCAAAGAAUUGAUGCAGGAAGAGACGCCCGUAUCCAGCAAACACCCCGCUAAGAAGAAAAAGUCAGAGGAGAAGGAGGAGCCUAAACUAGAAGGAGCAGAGUCAUUAGAGGAGUUAUUGGACGGUACUCGCUUUCGGUCCAAUUAGGCACACAGGGCAGAAAGUUUUUUACUCACCGUCUGUGAUAUCCAAACACAGAUAUAUUUCGUAGCCAUUCCAGGGGCCAAUAUCAAUCUGAGAUUAGCUCACAGAAAACAGCCCUGUGUUUCUCAGAGUUCUUAACGGGACCAUCUCUAAGGGUUGCAUUGACUGAGGACGGAGGGGCAGAGGAUGAGGGAGGGGCUCACACCUCAACCUUUAGAUCUUUGCCAUUGACAUAAAGAUUGAAUUACUUUCUUCAGCAUGUGCACAUAUCUGUUCGUGUACUUUUGUCUGUUUCUUUUUCAUUUUAUUCAACUGUCAUGCAACAAAAGGCCAACUUCAGCGAUUCCAAAGACUUACUCAGGAGGAAUCCACCCUUCUUUGUGGUUAUUUCCAAAUCCCAAAUUUAGACUGGGAACGUCUUAAAUUUGGCAUAUCCUGCAGGUGCUUCAUAAAGUUUUCUCUGGGUGUACCAGGACAGGACCACAUUAUGCUUUUUCACAUUUUUCUUUUUUAAUUUUAAUCCUAUGGAACAUGUUGCUUUGUAUUUGUCUGAUAUACUGUAUGUUACUGUUUGUAAAUGUUAAUCACUUUUGCUGUGUUAUUGAAAAACGUGCCAACCAAUACAAAUCCAGUCUUGUCAUUUCACUCCCCAGUUUUGUCCAGUCACAGUUCACACUGGGCCGCUGUGUCCGACAGCCGUCAUCACCUGGUGUUUCAGUGUGUUUUGUUUAUUUUUACUGAGAAGGGAUUUUGUUCACUGGUGUGCACAUGUACAAUAGAUUUCACAUAAAAAUGGAGAUAUUUUACACAAACUUGUCUUAACUACCACAUGUGCCCACAACAGUUGUAUGAAGAAAACAUGCCUUCAUUCAUUAUCAUUCCUAUAAACCCAGAGGGAAGUAGAGAUAGAUUGGAGAAGAAAGCUCUUCCACAGUCAGUUAAACCAAAACAAUUUGCUUUUCAAAAGGGUAUUUCCAUUUAAUAUGCCAACCUGUACAUGCCUGUGUGCUUUUUUGCAUCAGAAUGAGUGUAUGAAGUAUGCCGCCUAUAUUUAGUUUCACGUGCACACUCGACCUACUACAUGUGUGUUUGUGCUUUUAAGUCUGAGUGCAUGCGUGUGUUUCCAUCUGUAAUUACUGUACGGAACCGACCAUGCUGUCAUAAAUCCUAGGUUUCAUAAACAGCUUUGUGGUCUUUCUGCUGAGGAUAUAGCACACUGGAAAACUGCCCAAAAACUGCUGAGACAAGUAUGUGUGUUUGUCUUCUUCACACACUUUCCCUCCCACUGAACUGCAACAGUAGUUGCUGAAUGUCUGGCCUUGCUCUUAUUUGUAUUCAGUAGCCAUCAGCAUACAUGUUGCCAUGAUGUUGUGGUGUAAUAUCUGUCAGGAAUCCGGAGAGGUGAUGUCAGCUGCUCCAUGCAAUAUUUAUUACUAUGCAAACACAAUACUAUUCUGCAUGCACUCCAGCCCUGAUACCCAGCCAGCAUAAUGAUAGAAAAUCUUCUGUGUUUAUCAACCUGCUGAUCAAGAUCAGUGCUUCAUUUUGCCUGCGAUUGAGGAAAAUCUUUAUAAAACAUUUAUAAAAACAACGUAAAAAGAAACAAGUUUAUUUAAGUACAGUGCAUGUCCUUGACAUGAUCAAGUGCUGGUGUUACAUUUUAAUCCAGUUACACUGAGAAUAAUUAGCUCUUUACCACAAAAUAUCUUGAAGCUGUAGUUAAAUGAGAGACACGUGUGCUGUUUCAUUAUUCUGCCCAUCUCUCCGGGUGGACAAUGCCAGGUGAUUGUGUGUAACCGAAACGGAAAGUUGGCUGUUUUCAACAUUGAGAGAAUGAUUUUAAGGAUAUCAGAACAUCACUGGAAUAUUUGUGUUUUCUAAUUCGAGUCAUUCCUUUGGUUCAUUAAUUUUUUAAAGAGAUUGUUUUCUAUGUGAAUUUUUACGGUUGAUUAUUUUAUUGUAUUUGAAUGGAGAUGAUAUUUUUUUUUGCUCUAUGUAUACAGAAUAAUGCACAGUCAUUCUGUUUGCUACACAGAAAUAUUAAAAAA